AUGUCGAAACCUAAGUCGCAUGCUGGUGUCUUCGUCUCGCAUGAAUGGAUACUGGCUGGCCAGCAGUUUGCAAACACACCAAGCUACGUCCGCGAAGUCCUUGCGAGCCUUCUCACAAUGCCAUCUGGCUUGGAGAUAGCUCUUUUCGGUGUACCAUCCACAACUGUCCGUGCAUUCAUUGCUAAUGGCCAGGUACCAAUACUCUCGCCCGGAAGUCCUACCCCGAGUACACAAGACUUCUUCUCUGCAGAACCUUCCACCCUUCCUACGUUCAAGGACCUGUGCGCGCUGCCUGUGCCGCCUGUGGAGAUGAUAGAUAAGCUCUUUCGUGCUGUAGGAGAAGAGUGGCUUGCUGGAAAGGUCUCUAUCCAUUAUGCUCACCUCAUAUCGACCUCGUAUGCCACCAGCACUGGUGCCAACUCCCUGGUGCCCUUGUAUAUUCUCAGUUUCUGGCGCCGUGUGCAUCGCAUGCGGAGCACCUACACAACCUGGAAAACAGCCGAAACAUGGUUGUUGACGUCUGGGCGUGCUCCAGGGCCACUGACCGACUCAACCCGACUCCUCUUGACACGGAUACCCCAUUCCGGACGCCUUGGAGCUCUUGAAGGGAAGCCGGACACGAUAGCUCUCGCCUCAUUUCUUUCACGAGAAUGGCUCGCAUCAGAACACAUCGGAAUGAUCUGUAACAUACUACGCACCGAUAUCGACAUGGACGACCACCUUCGAGGGAGACAUGCUAUUUGGGAUGCAUACUGGACGUGGCUGCUAUGGAGCAGGUAUGUAGAAAGGGCACAGGUACGCAGUGCCACAGGAAAGCCUAUCCCACCUCCAAAGGUCGUGCUCCCUGCUUGGUUGGUCCAAUUUGGAGAGCGCCUCGCAAGUGGGGACCUUCUAUCACUGAGUCUCGUUUUCAAUUUGAAUGGUGCCCACUGGAUCGCGGUCGUCGUGGACUUCAGGGUGUGGUCUAUCCUCUUCGCGGACUCGAUGGGACAUAGCAUCCCUCCUCAGCUGCAUGAUCUGCUUCAAUGGUGGCUCACACCGUACGCAAAACAGCAGCUCUCUGUAUCGCACCUUCCAUGCAUGCGACAGGCGCCUGGCGACUACUUCUCGUGUGGAAUCUGUGCCCCGAACGCUAUUGCCCACUACUAUCUGCCGGAUCUCCAUCCCCUCAUAUUGCCUGAUAUGGUCGACAGUGCACGGAUGGUCUAUUUGGAACGUAUAUGGAAGAUCUCGCAAUCCUCACCCGUGGAAGCCGCGACAUCAACACCCGACUUCACUGAUAGUGACCUCGGUGGCGCCCUGCAGAUUGAUCAGGACAUCACCAUCAUUGAUACGUCUAUCGACAUACCUAUCCUGUCCAAGCCCAAGUGUGACAGUGCAGCCAUCGCAUGCGAGACCCCAAAGGUGCCAGGAAAGCCGAUGAAGCGAAAACGGCGUCCGAUCGGAAUGGGGUUCGAUGUGGGGAGCAACCUUAGUGAUGAGGGUUCCGAGGUCAACCCGAUGGACGUCAUACUGAUGGGGAAGGCGGCACCGCACCUGAAGAAGCCCGUGAAGAAGCGUCGUCGUGGGGGGAAGUCUCAGAAGAAGAAAGCGGAGAAAUCUGUGGCACUACCUGCAAUUCGAUCCUUCAAGCCAAACCCUAAGGAUAUCCUAGGCGACACACCAUCAGAUGGCGACUCCGAGUCAGAGUUAGAUGGGAGCAAUACAAGUGGGGACUCGGACGUACCUCAUGCACAAACAAUAGGACGCCCUCGCAAGCCACUCCUGGACCAGCUCACACGCGAGCUGAAUCAGGCGACCGAUGGCAAGAAACGCUAUGGUUGCAUUGGUCGUGGCUGCGAUCGGGCUUGGUCUGGUCGGACAAGUGGCCGAGUCCUUUCUCAUGCGAGCCGGUGUCUGCACCUGUCAACAGAGUUGCGAUCAAAAGCCUCGAAGGCGAGUAGGGAGAACACCCCAAGUGCAAGGCAGGAGCAACUCGCCUUAGUGUUUGCCCAGAAGGUCGCUCCGAAUGGCGGCAUCACGAACAUGACAUUGGCGCCGGAUCCCUCCACUGUAGUUGCUGCCCAAGCGGCAUUGGCACCCGAGAACUCCCGGUUGGUAGCUGUCGACAGCAGACAGCCCAACCCACAUGCAGCGAAGUCUGGCCAGACGACGCUCGAUGUCAUGGUUGGGCGGGCCGGGCGCACUUGGCUGAAGGCACAGCUUGACCCCGCGAUCUUGAAGUUCAUCUGCUGUAACGGGAACACAAAGUACAUACCUGUGUCCCGGAGUACGCUCGAGGAGACACAAAUCCCACAGGAGGCAGAACAUGUACGACAUCUGCAAAUUGAGUAUCUCCGCACUCAAAUCAACCUCACCAUCACGUACGACGGUGGUGCGAAUAAGCGCCACCAGUCGUACUAUACUGUGCAUGUCACGACUGCCGCGCCGAAUCGCCAGGUCUUUUUUGUUGAUGUCAUUGACGGUUGCCGGGUGCGACAUACGGCGGACUGGUUGGCACGAAGCAUGCUGAAGCAAGUUGUUGAUCCGAUCGGUCGAAGACGCUUCAGCGCCGCUUCAUCGGACAGCACUGGCAACACGAAAGCAUGUCGGCGCUUUCUGUGUGCGACGGUCCCUACAAUCAUGAACAUACCUGAUCCGGUCCAUCAUACAAACCUUCCGAUCAAGAACCUGUGCAAAUUGCCGUUUUUCAAGGACGUGAUUGCAACUGUACGACGCACCUUGCAAUUCUUUUCUAAGUCGGACCAAUCUGCUGAAGAGUUGGCGGUAAUCCGUGAACGCCUCGGUAUACCGCGUGGCCUUGAGAAGAUAGGAAAGACCCGGUUCGCGAUGAUCAUUCGAGCUUCGGUGGCCAUGCGGCGAUGCCUUCCUGCACUCCGAGAUGGCUGCUCAAGUGGGAAGAUCACUGUGGAGGAAACGCAGGAGUGUUUCAUACGCGACUCACCAUCAACGUUGGUCUUCGAGACACAGCUGAAUCAGGUUCUCAGUGUCGGUCUUCCAUUUGCGAAGACGAUCGUCCUCCUUGAGUCGCUACAGGUGUCCCUCGCGGAUUUGUUCCUUUACUGGUGCGGGAUUGGUGCGUCAUUGAAACAAGUGUUUGCGCAGAAGGCAUCGGGUAUUCCAGAGAGCGUGAUGGCAGAGAUCCGUGCGAUCUACAAUGCACGCUGGAGCGAGAUGUUCGAAGACGGACCUACCGAUGCACACCUGUCUGCAGUCUAUCUUGACCCGAAUUACCUCAAGUCUGACCUUUUCCGAGUCAGCCAAUCCAAAGCUAGCUCGUCAUCAAAACACGUACAGCCCACAGAUCUCGCCUCGGAUCCACCACGAAUUCAGUCCCUUGAUGUCUACAAACGUGUAGGUCACUACUUGAUGGCACUGCUCCAAGCCGAAGCAGUGCAUGGUGAACACCCUGUCCUGAAUGUGCCGAAGAAACAGUGGAAUCAGCUCGUAAAACAAUUCAAGAGCCAGUUUCUUGCGUACGCACAGAAUAGCUACCCAUUUACCACUGUUCCGCGGCGCAAUGAUGGCCAGACUGCCUUGGAUUGGUGGAUGAUCGUGCAGUCUAUCCCUCACACUGAAGUCCUUGCUGCUCUUGCGAUCAAGCUGUACUCUGUCAUGCCCAACUCGAUGCCCGAUGAACGUACAGCAUCACUCUUCACGCGGCUGAAUAGCCCAUCUCGCUCUUCCAGCUCCUCGUCAUGGCGCGACCCCACUGAGGGAGGAGGUGGCAACUUCGCUCAAUAUGGGAGACUGGGAUCACGGAGCUUCUGGGGCGACCACGGCAAGUGGCUCAUGGAACUGCUGGCCGUAGCUUUCAGGGACGCGGAAAAUCGACCGAACACGCGCAACACGAAGACCUUAUGA